CCUGGGCACACUGGAAGUUUGUUUACUUCUACUUGUAAAUAAAAAACACUUUUUAAACAUGCCGGAAUUCGAAAACUUUAAUGUAAGAACUACAAUUGAUUGCAAACAAGGAGCAGUGCGUGCUGUACGCUACAAUGUGGAUGGAACUUAUUGUUUGAGCUGCGGAUCUGACAAGAAGAUAAAAUUGUGGAAUCCAGUUUCGGGAUUACUUCUUAAAACAUAUGGAGGUCAUGCAGACGAAGUGACAGAUGCUGCGGGGAGCUGUGAUAGCAGCUAUAUAGUAUCCGCCAGCUUGGACAAGAGCAUUAUCUAUUGGGAUGUGUCCACCGGAGCGCCAGUACGACGUCUGCGUGGUCACGCCGGUGGAGUCCGGUGCGUCUGCUUCAACGAGGACUCCUCCAUUGCCAUUUCCGGGGGCAGGGACAACGCCGUCAUGUGCUGGGACAUUCGGACUCGCCGUCUGGAUCCGGUUCAGGUGAUGAAGGAGGCUCGUGAUUGCAUCACUACGGUGGCGACCAACGAAAACCGAAUCUAUGCCGCAUCUCUGGACGGUUGUGUGAGAACCUACGAUAUUCGGGUGGGCGAACUCACCUGCGACAAGGUGGGCGAACCGAUUACUUAUCUGGCUCAGACAAAGGAUGAGCAAUGUCUGGUGGCCGGCUGCCAGGACAGUGUGGUGCGACUCCUGGAUUGUGAGACGGGCGGACUACUCUCCGAAUACAGGGGUCACCGAGGCGAUGAUUAUCACAUCGAGUGCGGAAUACUGGCGAACGAUGCUCACAUAGUCACGGGUUCCAGUGACGGAGACGCCUUUGUCUACGACCUGCUUGAAGGAAAAGUUCUGCAGCGCAUUCGCAUCAGUGAUAAUGGCGGUGUGGUCCACUCCUUAGCCACACAUCCCAAGCGACAGGAACUGCUUUUCGCCAGAAGACGGGACAUGUACGUCUUUUCCACGGAUCUGCAGAUCGAAGAGGAGCAACUAUAAUUUAUAAUUUUGCCAUAUAAAUGCUCAGGCUAGUGAUAGUUACUACAAAUUAAUUUUAACUUACAUGUAAACGAAUAAAGCCCUAUAUUAUAAUUUCA